UUUGAGUAUCUUUUCGUUUAUUGUGAGGUGGUGAAAAAGGCGGGAAUUCGCUGCGGUUACAAAAUAUCAUUACAGGUAAGCAUUACAUGACAGCACUUGUGGAAGCUGUCAAAAAUUGGAAGAAAGUGUUUGAGGAACGCGGACGCGAAAAUGGAAAAUCCAGAUUAUCAGUCGGAUAUCCAGUUGGAUUACACGAUUGUCAAGGAGGAAUACUCAAUGCUGGACAUAACGGACAAUCCGGAGGAUGAAUUCCCGGCUCAGACAGAUUCGGGAUUAGACAAUGGAGAGCAGAUGAUCCAAUUCGAGAUUACGGAGAUUGACCAGGUCAAGGAACCGCUGGAGCUGAAGGAACCUGACCAACUGAUGUGUCUUGUCUGUGAGGCGACAUUUGAGCAUCUUCCUGCCCUGCAGAAGCACAUGCUGAAGCACACCAACACCACACUGCCUUACAACACAGCGUCAUCGGCUCAGGCCAGUCGAUUCCCUGCGCCAGCAAUCUCUCCUGGGCACAGCCUGAACAAGACAUCGGAAGUGGAUGAGUCUGACGAUCACAGUGAAGUUGCGAGGAAAGUGCAGGAGUUGAUGGACUCCCGGAAGAACAAAUUGCAGUGUCCGGUGUGCAAGAAGAGGUUCAAGCAGGAGAGAAAUGUGGUGAACCACGUGACCGUUCACAUCAGUUUGAAGCCCUUCGCGUGCCAGGAGUGCGGAAAGACCUUCCGCCGGAAAGACUACUUGAAGUCCCACAUCGAUUACGUGCACAAAUCGUCACUUAUGCGCUGUCCCAAGUGCGAAGUGACCCUUAAGAACAUGGGCGUCUACAAGAAGCACAUACUUCACUGCAGAGCUAGCAAAACGAGAAAAACGAGCAAAACCAAUCUCGUCAAGUGCAAAAUUUGCAAAAAGACCUACAAGAAUACGAAAAAUCUAGACAAGCACAUUGCAAUUGAUCACAUUUACCACGAGGAGUCGGAUGAGCCAGUGGAGCCUGAAGUUUGGUUUGAGUUCGAGAAGAAAACCAUCAAGAAGGAGAAGACCCAGCCAAAGUUAAAUUUCAGCCAACUCACGAACCGUGAAAAGACGAAAGUCCUCAACGAACGGCGCUUCAAGUGUUCCACGUGCUUUCUCAAGUUCAAGCGAAAGGAUCACUUGCGAACGCACAUGGAAACUCACGAUGAUAUUCGGUCAAUCAUAUCCUGUAAGGCUUGCGGCCAAACAUAUUUGCACAAAAGGUCCCUGCAACAUCACUUGAGGGGCUCCAAAUGCGGACGAACACAUAAUCACAGACCUUCUUUCUCCUGUGAUCUCUGUUCUGUGAGCUUUCGCACAAAGCUCAUGUUGGCGCGGCAUUAUAAAAUUUGCCUCGAAAAUAAGUCCCGCGCGAAUCCUAAUGGGAAGAUUUCGAUUAAAUCUGAAGUUGCUUAAAGAUUAAGUCAAUAAAUGAUGUAUUUUGUAGGAAA